AUGGCUCUGGUGUAUUAUGACCAGGGGCGCUUCCCAGAAGCAAUGACAAUGAAUACAAAAGCCUUGGAACUGAUGAAAAAGCAACUCGGAGAAGAGCACAUUCAAGUGGCCGAAAUUUACCAUAACAUGGGCAAUAUACUCCGCACUAUAAACUUUGCAGAAUGUAUGGAAAUGUUGGACAAGGCCUUGCAACUCAAAUCCAAAAUCCUUUCACCAGCACAUGCUUCCAUUGGAGAUACCCAUUGUCGUAAGGGCGAUGCCUUUUUGGCCAAUAGCCACCUUGACAAAGCCUUGGAAUCCUAUCAAAAGGCAUUGUAA